AUGCGCCGCAGAAUCACCUUCAUCCAACGCCCCGACGCAGACUUCUCCCUCGACCAAAUCUCCCUCUCCCGCUCCUCGCUCUCCGUCCACGGCCUCGACGCCGCCCGCGAAGACCGCGUCACAUUCAGCUUCGACGAGCUUCCACCGGAGGUGCAGGUUCAGGGUCGGGGUAUGUACUCAGGAGUUUUGGAUCUCCCCGGGGGGUUGACGUCGUUUAUUACGCCGCCCCUUCUCUCGACGAGAUUCGCUUCUACCGCUGCCCUCCAGUUUCACAGUAUUCUUCCCUCGCUACAGAAUCUGGUGACGUACCUCCAGCACAAGGCGUGUGCGUCUGCGGACGAGGAUUGUCUGCGCCGUGUGGCGGGGCUGCUUGUCGCUGACUCGGUCGAUGUCAACUACGAUAGUAUAUCGCAUGCGCUGACGAUAUCGGGGUACUGGUCGCGGACGCCGCCGAAGGGAUGGACGGAGGAGGUCCGCGCCCGCGAGGCGGGAAAGGGUCAGAUCGAGGUGGGACUUCUUGGGACUGAGAAGGCGAUCGAGCCUGAGGAGAUCCAGAUGGGCGGCGUGUUAGCUGUGGUCGGGAAGGAGGAUGAACUGAAACCCACGUUGUUUUCCUUCCCAUCUCGACAUCACCACCUUCCGGAUGAUGCGAUGUAUUCGAUCUCGUUUCCUGAGCCGACGGGCCUGCAUCCUACGAUGACUAUCGCCUUGUCGCGCGCGUCGCUAAACGCCCCGCCAGCGCCACCAGACGCGACCUGUGCACUGCACGCGUAUCUGACUCUCCCGUCGACCGUCUUCGGCGAUAAGUAUCAACUGUCUACAACGGAUUCCUUGUUCCUCGACUCCCACCACUUGACUGCGUUGCGGGCCGUCGCGGGCGAAACUGACCUGGAAGCUCCUGACUGGGUGGUGCCCCGGUGGGGAUCAAAUUGGCUACUGGAGCUGGCUACGCCCCAGGAGCCGGGGCUGGAGACGGAAGACUGGAACGUCACCAUUCCGUUGCACUUGCGCUACCUGAAGCCGUCCGAGUCAGGUUACCGGACUGCAUCGAUUCCAUGGCCCGUCGUCUUCUGGGCCUGUAGUGCAGAGGAUGGUACCAAAAUGGGCGUCAAUCCGUUUGACCGGGUCAACCUGGGCUGGGAGGGGCUGUUUGGUGUUCGCACCAUGUUCUACCAGCUGCAUCCCUCGACCGGACGCAGAGAUGCCCGAUUGGUCGAGGAAAUCGAAGUACCUGUGCUUCGGCUGACGCGAGAGGGGCUCUUCCAGACCAAGAACAUUGAACUGGGUACGGUAGCCGUCAUAGGUCUGGGGCUAUUGUGGGUGCUGUGGAAGCUGAGUUUGGCAGCACGAUCUUCUGAACCCAAUACUCGGAAACAGAAGAACCAGAAGCGGAGCAAAGCCGAAUAA